GCCAUAAUGACCGACGGAACCACGGUUCCCUUGAUCAUCAACGGUCAAGAGGAGUACACCUCGGCAACCUUCGACGUGAUCAGCCCCUAUACAAACCAGCCAUGCUGGAGAGCUGCUGCUGCUACACCGCAAGAUGCCCUUCGUGCAGUGGAGGCCGCAGACACCGCCUUUGCUGCAUGGUCGCAGACCAAGCCCACCGUGAGACGGGAUAUCCUGCUAAAGACCGCUGAUCUGCUCGAAGAGCGCCUGGACCAAAAUGCCGAGUACAUGCGGACAGAGAUGGGCGCCAAUGUCGGUGCCUCGCGGGGGUUUGUGGCUCCGCUGGCUAUUCGCAUGCUGCGGGAGAUUGCCGGCCGCAUCACGUCUAUCUGCGGGAGUGUCCCCGUGGUAGAGGCCGAAGGUCAAAGUGCGAUGGUCUUCAAGGAACCGAUGGGGGUGAUUGUCGGUAUUGUGCCGUGGAACGCUCCGUUUGUCUUUGGCAUUCGCUCGGCUGCAUGCGCCCUGGCCGCGGGUAAUACUACAAUCUUGAAAUCCUCGGAGCUGGCUCCACGCUGCUACUGGGCCAUUGGUCGCGCCUUCGAGGAUGCCGGUCUUCCAGCUGGAUGUCUCAAUAUCUUGUCCUGUCGGACACAGGAUGCACCCGAGGUGGUGGCUGCGAUGAUCGAGCACCUGGCCGUCCGCAAGAUCAACUUCACAGGCAGCACGGCGGUCGGCCGCAAGAUUGCUCGCACAUGUGGGCAGAACCUCAAGCCGUGUCUGAUGGAGCUGGGUGGGAAGAACAGCUCGAUCGUGUGUGCCGACGCCGACCUGCAAACUGCCGUGCAGGGCGUAUUGGCGGGAUCUUUUUUAAACAUUUGUAUGGCCACUGAUCGCAUCCUCGUCCACUGCGAGAUUGUACCUGCGUUUGUCGACACUCUCAAGGAAGCACUGGCUGCAGGCGCUGAUGCCUCUACACCUCCACCCACUCUGGUAAACACGGCCUCGAAGAGUCGCGUGGAAGCCCUCAUUUCUGAUGCCGUGAGCGCUGGGGCCUUUUUCAUUUCGGGAUCCCCUACUGCCAGUCUUGCCCCCGACGCCGGAGUACGCAUGGACCCGGCCAUUUUAGCCGGCGUGACAGAGACGAUGGCACUGUGGCACGAAGAAGCGUUUGCCCCCGUAGCAGCAGUAUGCAUGGUCGCCGACGACGAGGAGGCGAUCCGUCUGGCCAAUUGCACUGGUUACGGCCUCUCGGCGUCGAUCUUCACCGAGGAUCUUCGGAAAGGUUUGGCGAUGGCCAAGCGCAUUCAAUCGGGAGCCGUGCAUAUCAAUAGCAUGACGAUCCAUGACGAGCCAAUCCUCCCACAUGGGGGUGUCAAGAAUAGUGGCUGGGGUCGAUUCAAUGCCGCCGAGGGACUGAAUGAGUUUCUAGUGACGAAGAGUGUGACCUGGAUGGAUUGA